AUAGUCAAAGAUGAAAAUAACCAAACAUUACCCAAGGGCAAAUAUGGAAAUAUUUUCGUCAAAACUAAAUGGAUGUUUAGCCGCUACUUUGGAGAUGAGGAACUAACUAAGUCGGAAUUCGACGAAAAUGGAUUUAUAAAUCUUCAUGACCAAGGAUACGUGAAUGACAAAGGGGAAUUGAUAGUGUUUGGUCGUACAGCGGAAGUGAUCGUCAGAAGCGAGGAUUAUUUUCACCCAGCAUGGAUUGAGUCCGUCAUUCGAACAUGCCCUGAUGUUGAUGACGUCAUUGUGGUUCCGGUUCCAGAUGCAUUAUUGCAGAAUGAAAUAUGCGCAUGUGUAGUGCUAGUUCCGGGUUCGAACUGCAACGAGAAACACCUCCAAGAGUUCUGUCAAAAG